AUGGCCUUCCUCAGCAAGCCGACUAUCCUUUUCAUCUCUCUCAACGUCCUUCGCCUUCUCAGCGUCGUUGCGAUCUGCCUCGUCUUCGCUGGCGAGAUCUACACCAUCGACCGCGACAUCAAGGGCAUGCACGCGGUCGCUGCCGCUUCUUCCUCGUCCGCUCCUCCUUCGACGACCGCCUCUCUUCGCAUCACCCGGCGGUCUGCCGUCAUUGAGCCGCUCUUCGCCUCUUCUACGAUCGACAAUCCCCUCACCGCUCUAGCACGUCCAACAACCCCUCCCGUACGGUUCGAGAAGGUCCACCGCGCGCUCCAACGUCGCCUAGCGCACGAAGAUGUCCUCUCCAAGCGCGAGCACAUCACUUCCUCCACGCUGGCAGUGACGGCCGGGAAGAAGGCGACGAGUACGGCGGCGAGUCCGACGGCCACCAGCGUCAACUCGCCUGUUUCGCCUUCGACGCCUGCGGCGGCUGGUGCGCAGCAGAGUUGCUCGUAUGUUGGGCGGACGAGUAUCCCGAAAGGCGCGGGAGGAGCGUUGUUCUCGACUCUCGAGCGUAUCUUCGCAGCCCUCAUCCUCAUCCUCUCACUCAUCUCCGAGUUCCCGCCCCCUUUCGCCCCUCUCUCCCGACCUGCACGCCUCCUCACCCGCUUCUGGGCCGCCUUCUUCCCUCCCUUUGGCGAAGAAUACGGAGUCGGCGUGCUCGGUGCGGUGCAGGUCUUUAUCGCGUGUCAGGUGUUGAGUCACUGGACAACCGGAUGGGUCCAGGUGUCGGCCUGGCUGCUCUUCCUCGUCGGGAUCUUCAACUUCCUCGCCGGUCUCGCCUUUGGUUCGCGCCUCAAAGUCCUCCGCUCGCUCUCACAAGACUCGACCACCCCUUCCGCGAAACGCCGUCUCCGCCUCGCAGCCGAACCCGUCUCGCCCUCGAUCUAUGUCGAAGACGAUUCCGGCGUCGCGCACUCGCACGCUUACGAACAAUUCGAUGCCGCUCCUCCCGCCAAGACGGAGGAGAAGUCGAAGAGGCGGUCGUUCCUCCCUUUCACGGGCGGGUCGAAGAACGGAGCAAAGAGGAGCGCGAGCAGGAACGGGCCGAACGGAAUCGUGAUUUCGGGACCGAUGAUGGCGCAGAAGCAGGCUGGAGGGGUGAAUGCGCCGCCGCCUGUUUACCAGCUGGGUCGGUAG